UUCCACUUCCGCUAACAUUAGCGGCCAGUGUUUGUUGACAGCAACGCCGCCUAGCAUAGCUGUACAGCGGUAGUUUCGUUGUGUUUUCUAUUGGGGGGCAGAAAAUGGCAUCGUCUAACUCAUACAAACUCAGGUGCUCCAUCCCGGGACAUGAGAUGGACGUCAGGGGACUCGCGUCUGCUGCUUUCCCGGACGGAGCUUUCGUGUCUGUGUCCAGAGAUCGAACCGGAAGAGUCUGGGUACCAAACUCAAGCCCAGACAAAGGCUUCACAGAGAUGCACUGCAUGUCCGGCCACUCUAAUUUUGUAUCCUGCGUAUGCAUCCUCGCGCCCAGUGAAACGUAUCCCCGAGGACUUAUAGCCACAGGUGGAAACGAUAAUAACAUCUGUGUUUUCACGAUGGACCAACCCCAGCCCCUAUUCACACUCAAGGGUCACAAAAAUACGGUUUGCACUCUGUCUUCUGGGAAGUUCGGGACACUUUUGAGUGGCUCCUGGGACACUACAGCUAAAGUCUGGCUCAGCGAGAAGUGCAUGAUGACCUUGGAGGGCCACACUGCGGCAGUGUGGGCGGUGGUCAUCUUACCCGAACAAGGGCUCAUGCUGUCAGGAUCAGCAGAUAAGACCAUCAAGCUUUGGAAAGCCGGCCGUUGUGAAAAGACGUUUACAGGUCAUGAGGACUGUGUAAGGGGGCUAGCAGUGAUCAGCAACACUGAGUUCUUCUCUUGCAGCAAUGACACGAGUAUCAGAAGGUGGCUGGUGACGGGCGAAUGUGUACAAGUCUAUUACAGCCACACCAACUACAUUUACAGCCUGGCUGUCUUCCCUAAUAGCCAAGAUUUCAUAAGCACAGGAGAGGACAGGACCUUAAGGAUAUGGAGGCAGGGAGAGUGCUCUCAGACCAUCCGCCUGCCUGCCCAGUCUGUCUGGUGCUGCUGUAUUCUACCUAAUGGUGAUAUAGUCAUUGGAGCCAGCGAUGGCAUCAUCCGCGUGUUUACUGAGGCCGAGGACCGCAUGGCGAGCGCCGAGGAUCUGCAGGCCUUCGAGGAUGAGCUGUCCAAAGCCACUAUAGACCCUAAGACAGGCGACCUUGGAGACAUCAAACUGGAAGACCUUCCUGGAAGAGAACACCUAGAUGAGCCUGGGAAUCGUGAUGGACAGACGCGGCUGAUUAAAGAUGGACAGAAGGUGGAGGCGUAUCAGUGGAGUGUUAGUGAUGGCCGCUGGAUGAAAAUCGGAGAUGUCGUCGGAGGCUCAAACCAGCAGACCUCCAAGAGCGUGAUGUAUGAAGGAAAGGAGUACGACUACGUCUUCACCAUUGACGUGAAUGAGGGAGGGCCGUCCAUGAAGCUGCCUUACAAUGUGUCCGAGGACCCCUGGCUGACGGCGCACAACUUUUUGCAGAAGAAUGACCUCAGCCCCAUGUUCCUCGACCAGGUUGCCAAUUUUAUCAUAGAGAACACCAAAGGACAUGUGGUGGGACCAGCCCAGCCCGCUGGUGGGGACCCAUUCACCGGAGGAGCUCGAUACAUCCCUGGGGCUUCUGAUGACAGGCCAGGCUUUGGAGCUGAUCCCUUCACAGGCGGAGGCGCAUACUCCUCAGCAGCCCUCAGACAGACGGCAACCAACAUCUACUUCCCCAAGACUGAUGGUGUGACCUUUGAGCAAGCCAGUGCUCCACAGAUCAUUGCCAAGCUGAAGGAGCUGAAUGGAGGUGCCCCACAGGAUCACAAGCUUUCCGAUGAAAUUCUGGAAAGCCUCGAGAUGCUGCUGAUGUCUGUCUGUGAGCCAGACUCCUCCAGGCCUCCCCCAACCCUCCAACAGAUCAACCUGCUCUGGAAGGCCUCUCACUGGCCUGAAGACAUUGUAUUUCCUGUCCUCGACAUUAUGAGGCUGGCGGUGCGCCACCCACUGGUUAAUGAGAGCCUCUGUGGAGAGGCAGAGGGAGUCCAGCUGUGUAACCACCUGCUGAGGUUGAUGAGGCCCGAGGGCCGUCCUGCCAACCAGAUGCUGGCGCUGCGGACUCUGUGUAACUGCUUCACUGGCAGGCACGGCCGAGCCCUCCUCAUGGCCCAGCGUGAAACGGUGCUAUCACACGCUGCCGACCUGGCCACAGUCUGCAAUAAGAACAUCCACAUUGCCCUGGCCACUGUGGUGCUUAACUACGCAGGCUGCCUGCACAGCCAGCCCGAUCUCGAGGCCAAGGCCCAGUGCCUGUCUGUGGCCAGCAGAGCCCUGGAGACGGUACAAGACAAGGAGGCUGUGUUUAGGCUGCUGGUGGCCUUGGGAACCACUGUGGCCUCAGAUCAGACAGCCCAGGACCUGGCUCGCUCGUUGGGGGUCAACUCUCAGAUUUCCAAAUACUCCUCAGUGUCUGAUCCAUCUAAGGUGGCCGAAUGUUGCCAGCUGGUUUUAAAAGAACUACAAUGAUAUGAAUGAUUAGAAAAAAAAGAGCACUUGUUUCUUACUAUUACUCUGUUCUGCUUACUCGGUUGUGGUGGAGACUUAAAUAAUUGUAUGUUCUGCAAUAAAAAAGGACAAAUGAAAUCUCUG